AUGCAGCCGUGUACAGCAGCAGCAGCCUCUGCAGCAGCAGCAGCAGCAGCAGCAUCUGCUGCUGCAGUUGCUGUUGGAAACAGACGACUCCUUCUUUCAUGGACACAGCAGCAACAUCCGCUGCUCCCGUCGCCAAGUCUCGCAAGGAGCUCCGCCAACAGCAGCAAGAGUAGCGUAUACUCGGUCCUCUUGGUUGCAAGCAGCAACAGCAGGUGUGUAGGCACGAGCUUCAACAACGCCAAUGCGCUAUUCCCGUUUACAUCUGCGUGCUGCAGUGCAUUUAGUGUAGGCUGCUGCAGCAACAGCAACAAAUCCUUCGGGGCAUUUCGGUUUUUUUCUUCUCGUCGACGUUCAAAGAAGCAGCAGCAGCAGCAGCAAGAUGUUGUUUCUCCUUCCUCGGAAUUUGAAGAGGAGACAGUGAAUUGGACAGCAGGGUCAACGGGAGCAGCAGCACCGGCGGCGGCAGCAGCAGCAGCAGCAGAUUCAGUGCAAGGGCCAGAAUUAGGUCGUGUGGGGCGUGUGGUGCGAAGGCAGCGGCGGCGGCGGCAGCAGCAGCAACAAGUACGGGAUGAUGCUGCUGCUAACCCUCCUCCUGCACCAGCACCUGCACCAGCAACAACUGCACCAUCAGCAUCAGCAGGAGCAGCAGGAGGUCCUUGGGGUGGGGAUGAGGGUUCAUUUGCUGCUGUUGUUUCUUCUCCAUCCCCUCCCACUCUUCCUUCCUUGCCUGCAAUUGGGCUAAUUCGGCGGCCGGCGUUUCCUGGGUUUUAUCAGCUGCUGCAAAUCCCAGACCAGGAGUUGUUUGAGGAGCUCGUGCGCUUAAAGACAAGCGGGGGUUGGCGGGAUUUUGUUGGCGGGUUUUUGCUGCGUAAAGAAGCCGACGUAGAAGAAGACAUGGGGCCUGGAGCCAGGUUGAGAGAGGAUGCGGUUAUGGUUUCUUUUUUAGGGAGUGUUUCGGCUGUCGAGGAGAUACAUCCCGUAGGGUGUCUGCUCCACCUGCUUACUCUCGCACCGCAUCCAACGCAAGGAGGUGGCCAGGCAAUUGUAAUGCCAUAUCGACGCAUAAAGUUGUUGGGUCCUUCUCAAUCACCAGAAGAAGCUGCAGCAGCAGCAGCAGUAGCAGGAGAAGAGACCGCAGCAGGAAGCGCAGAUGCAACGGCUACAUCAGUUCCAGCAGACACUGCUGCUUCUGUCGCUCCGGCCGAUGCGGGGGAGACACCAACAGCAACAACAGCAGCAGUAACUCCUGGCGAGGUCGGUGCUGCUGCUGCUGUAGUCCAUGAACUGCAGCAACUCCACCAGCAACAACAACCCAACCAGCAACAGCAACCACAGCAACCAGAGAAGCAGCAGCAGCAGCAGCCACAACAGGAACAACAGCAGCAGCAACACCAGCCACAGAAGCAGCAGCACCAAGAGCCGCAGGAUGCACGGGGGCAGUCAAAGGGCGAGCAUCAGCAGCACCAAGAGCAGCAGCAGCAGAAUCCAGGCGAGCAGACACCAGCAGGAGAAGAGAACCAGACAAAGCAGAAGCAGCAACAGCAGCAGCAGCAGGCGGCUGCAGGCGAGUCUGAUGGUUCUGCCUUCGGCGGCUUGCUCCCUUUGCCUCCCUCCAGCGCAAGCAGCAGCAGCAGCAGCAGCAAACGCGGUGCGCUGUUGUAUGUCUCAGUAGCCUUCCCUCGGGAGACAUCCGCGGGGUCCCUCAGCAGCAGCAGCACCUAUGCGGGAAACGGUGUUGUGAAAAUGCUGCAUAUGGAGAUCUUGGCCACCAUGAAAGAGUUGCUUAAAACUUCCUACUUUUACAAAGAACACUUUGAUCAAGGUCCGGGGUCCGGGGUGCAGGUGAUACGAUUUUACAACAUUGACUACCCACAAAAGUUGGCCGAUUUGGUCGCUGGGAUUUCCUUUGCGCGUCGAGAUGAACUGCAGGCUGUGCUCGCUGAAGAAGACAUCGAAAAGCGGCUGAUGCUCGUUUUACAAAUCGCGAAGAAGGACUUGGAAUUUGCAAAGCUUCAGGUCAACGUUAAGGCGCAAGUUGAGGAUAAGGUCAUGAAGGUGCAGCGGAAGUUUUUGCUGCAGGAGCAGCUAAAGCUUAUUAAGAAAGAAUUGGGCCUAAACAAAGAUGACAAGGAAUCCAUCAUCGACCAAUUUCGGGAAAUUCUCGCCAAGAAGGAAGCGUUUAUGAACGAAGAAGUCCAGAAGGCAAGCAAAGCCUCAACCCUAAACCCUAGAAGCCGCACAGCAGUUGCAACUGAAAUCAACAAACUUUCCUCUCUUGAUCAGUCGUCAUCCGAGUUCCAUGUUAGCAGAACGUACCUCGAAAACUUGCUAAAGCUCCCCUGGGGAGAAUACUCCACAGAUUGUACAGAUAUUGAUGAAGCUGCGAGGGUUUUGAAUGCCGACCAUUUUGGCUUGGAGGAUGUCAAGAAGAGAAUCCUUGAGUUCAUAGCCGUUAAUAUUCUUAAGAAAGACUCGCAGGGGAAGAUCCUCUGUUUCCUGGGCCCCCCCGGGGUUGGAAAGACUUCUGUUGCAGAGAGCAUCGCGCGUGCGCUCAAGAGGAAAUAUUAUCGGAUAUCUCUGGGGGGGUUGUUUGACGUGGCGGAGCUCCGAGGACACCGACGGACAUACAUCGGAGCUCUGCCCGGGAAGAUCGUGACAGCGCUGAAGUUGACAGGGACGAUGAACCCUCUGAUUGUGCUGGAUGAGAUCGACAAACUUGGUCGAGAUUUUCGGGGGGAUCCUUCCUCUGCUCUUUUGGAGGUUUUGGACCCUUCCCAGAAUUCCUUUUUUAGGGAUCAUUACAUUGAUGUGCCUCUUGACCUUUCGAGGGUGUUGUUUGUCUGUACAGCCAAUGCUCAAGACACCAUUCCAGGGCCACUGCUGGACCGGAUGGAGCUCAUCCGCAUAGCCGGUUAUAUUCAAGAGGAGAAGGUUGCGAUCGCGCAGCAGUACCUCAUCCCCAAAACCGCAGAAGCAACAGGGUUGCAAGGGUCUCGGGUGUCCAUACAGCCCGCAGCACUGGAGGUCUUAGUUCGCGAUUAUGCAAGAGAAGCAGGCGUCCGCUCUCUGUCCAAGUGCAUAGAGAAACUCUUCCGAAGGGCCGCCCUUUCUAUAGUCAAGAAGGAAGCGGAGGAGGUGGUGGUCACAGAAGAAAAUUUAACAACCUUUGUAGAUCAACCUCCCUGGUCGUCAACAAGGCUCUUUGAAAAGACGCAGCCGG